UAGAUAGCUUAUUGGAGAGAAAAAAGGGUCGAAGCGCAAGCAAAUCGAUCAGCAACACAAGAUGAAGAAGAUGCGGAUGGCAAUGGUGAGCCUGGCCCUGGUGCUGGUGGGGCUUCUCCUCGUCGCCACCACUGCUAACGCCAAGAACGCCCAUGCCGGUGGCUUGAAGAAGGGCGGCUCUGAAGCUGAAGGCCGCGUCGUCUACGCCGACAUGAGAUUGGUCGUUCCCUCCGACUCCGACUCCGCCCCCGCCCCCGCCCCUGCCUCCGCCUCUGAUGGGCCAGCACCUGCGCCAUCCCCCAACAAUUAAUUCAACAUCGACCUAGCAUAUAUAUAUACGUAUAUAUUUGUUAUUUUCAUGUGUUGUUUUCGCAUUUUAUAUAACCAUGCGCGCUCUAGUUGUACAUGCAGCCGAUUGAUGUGCAUUUGAUUUAUGCCUGCUCAUUUUUAUUUCUUUCUUUUUAUUUACGUUAAAUGAAACACUUUCUCCAUGCAUACAUGGUUGUUCUUAUUUUAUUUAUUAUAAGGAUAUAUAUAUAUAUAUAUAUGCGCAUUCAGUAA